CCGUCGCCGCCGCCAGACACCCCCCCGCCCGCGUCGCGCCCCAGCCUUGCGGGGGCAGACGGGAUUCCGGCCGGGCUGCGAGGGGCGAGUCCUGGGCGAAGCGCCCUGGCGGAGACGGGCAUGAGCGGCCCCGAGGAGUACGCAGGUGCCAGCCCCGUGCCCAGUCCGGGCUCCCCUGGCUUCGACGAGCCACCACAGAAAAGACAAAGAACGGUUGAAGACUUCAACCAGUUCUGUACCUUUGUGCUGGCCUAUGCAGGCUACAUCCCAUACCCAAAAGAGAAUGAGCCCUGGCUCCAUCGAGGCAACAUGAGCCCCCAGAACAGCACGGGCAGCACCCAAGACAGUGACUGCUGGCCCUCAUCUCAGUCUUGCGACUCCCAGGUGCUGUCUGAUGAUGGAGGGAGAAAGAACACAACUUGCAAGGGAGCUGGAGAACUGCUGCUCAACUGCUCCGAUAUUUCCAGCAGUUUCUGCACAAGCCGCCCCCAGCAAACCAAGAAGAGGAAGCCAGUGGCAAAGAAGCUCGUCUUAGACCACGAGGUGGACAAGAGGGUGAUGCCAGUGAGCAUGAAGGACUCUAAGCAGGACGGGGCUGAGCCAGGAGAGGAGACAAGCAGAAAAGCGGAGGAGCUUGAAUCCUCUCUCCCGGGGGAAGAGCUCCAGCCCAAGUCUCUUCUGGAGCAGUGCAUGAAGGAGAAGGACUGGAUCCACGGGACGCAGGCAGUGGAGAAGCCUGAGGAGCUGGACGCAAGCAAGGAGGAGAAGAUCAGCCCUCCCUGUUGGAACACCACGGAGCAGAGCAGAGAGGGAGAACUUAAAAGAGAUGACUCCCGGCUCAGUACUUUGUGCGAGGAGUUUUCUGCAGCCUCGGACACCAAAACAGAUGAAGACGACGCCUGGGAUCUCAUCACUUGCUUCUGCCUAAAGCCUUUUGCUGGGAGACCCAUGAUAGAGUGCAGUGAGUGUGCCACUUGGAUCCACCUCUCCUGUGCCAAGAUACGCAAAUCCAACGUGCCUGACAUCUUCAUCUGCCAGCGAUGCCGUGAUGCAAAGCAGGAGAUCCGCCGUUCAAACAGAGCCCGGACCGUCCCCCGCAAGCGCUUCUGCGACUGACUCUGGCUUGGCAAAGGGGUGGGUCCCCUCUAAGCUCGGGCUGUGGGUCCCUGUUGGCAAGACAAUCAAAAUGCAAGGACUUCCCUGGGAAAUAUGUGAGGACCCCCCAUGUCCCAAGCCUGAAAUGUGCAUCUCGCUCGAGAUUUGGGGCGGGGGGGGAACAACGCAUUGUCUUCUCACAAGGGCCUGUAAACUGUGCUGUCGAGAUCUCAGGGUUACACUAGAGCAGCAGUUGCAAAGGUGCCUGGCAGACACGAGUGGCUGGUUUCCAGUGCACAGUGCACUAAAGUCAGCCAGAAGCCUCUUUGCCUUGUGCAGGCAGGGACUGGUGCCUUUCCUCAACAACCUACCCGGAGUUGGCCCAAAGUCGGUACUUUUGCGGUACAGAAGCUGCUCACUUUAAAUUUGAAUGGCUAUGCCCCAGGGUGUCUCUGGUUGUUCCCUUGCCCCUAGACCUGAAUGGCGCCUUGGGAAAUCAGCUGGGAAGCCCCUGGAACCCUAAAUCAGUACAGUAAAGCACAUACGAAACAGGGCAGUUGUCUUCCUCUGCAGACUGCUUGGGAGGGAACGUCGUGACGGCCGAACAGCAGGUCUGCUUUCCCUGUUAUCACGAAAAGCACCAUGGAGCAAAACCUCUGUGCUGUGGUCACGGCUCCUAGUUCCUGCCAUGAGACUGUGGUAUUCCAGUUCUAGGCUAGCUACUAACUGGAGUGUGGUGGCAAUAUUUGCUUACUGUAAAUACUUUGUAAACAGAUUCCUAGAAAGUGUCUAGCUGUGCUUACUCCACAAUCACCCACUCAUGACUUGCUGUUGCACUACUACUUUUUAAAGGAAACGCAGGAUUGUGGGAAGAGGCUGGGUGUAACCCUAUACAUGGUAAGGGGUGUGGGGAGGAAGUCCUACAAUGUUCACCUUUCUCCAGGCAACCAUACUUCAGGAAUCCUGGAUGUUGUAAGAAUCUUUUCUGCUUAAACAGGUGUAGGAUUGUACCCUAAAGUUGUUGGCAGGAGUGGUGGGGGGGGGGGGGCUGCUCCGGAGACUUUAGUACCAGCGGGGUGGAUGGGAAGGCAGCCGCUCUUGGUCCAGGGACCUGAUUAUACCCUGGAUCAUCCCAGCCAGUGAAGUCCUGGCGGGGGACUCCUCGUGAUGUCAACUGCCCACCUACUUUUUAAAAACCACAGAGAACCUCCUGCAGAGGCACAGAGAAGUGAGUCCGGCCCUGCCAGCCCUCGCUGAGCCAGGCCACUCUUCCUUGCCCCGCUCACACCCCAGCUGGGGCACAUGCAGCAAGGGAAAGACUCUGCCAGCGCUUGCAUGAGCUGGCUUCUGCCAGUCCUGGCCGAGAGGUGUGGGGAGAUCCCCAGCACGUCUCCAAAGAAACGGAUAAAGAGAUCUCUCUCUGCACCAGACCCUCCCUCUGGUGGGGACUCUCCUUCCUCCCACCCCCUGCCGAGGUUUGGGGAGGGCAGAAGGUGCUCAACCCUCCGCAGGCCAGAGGUUGCCCUCCCCAAUUUUAGAGUCUGAAGGAGAGCGAGCUAGUGAGCCGCAGUGAAGAAGUAGAUUGGGUCCUGCUUUUAUUUUCAAGCUGCUCACACUGCUGGUAUUUCACCCAGUUGAAAUAUGGGGAAUGCCGGAAGAACGGGAUCUGUCUGCUAUGCAAACUAUUACUGUUUGUUCUUGGGGAAGUCAUGCCAGCAAACUAAUGAUUGUUUUAGGAGAAGACUGGUCUACCUGCACUCUGUAACGAGUCUGUGGAGCCUCUUCAAUUGGACCCAUGUGCCUUUAUCGCAUCCGAUACACACACAUCAUAUUGGGCCGUGCUUGUACCUUCAGCCCUAUUUUCAUAGUGCAAGGGACUUACCGUGGCUUGAGAUGGGUCUUGGCCUACUUAAGACAGACUGCUCUGCCAUGCUGUAUGUGAAUUUAGGGGGCGACCCCAUGAUUCAGUCAGUAGCCCUCUGUCCCCUCAAAGUGUUUACACUUUUAUAGUUAGUCACUUUCUAUUACAGAUGUAGUGUAUUCUGGUCCUUGCUCUAUGCUGAGUGUCUAGAGUGUUAUGUAUGGAAUAAAAAAAUACUUUUAA